UCCGCGCAUUUUCUGGAUAUCCUCUUAAUUCAUUCUCUAUCUGUUCUUUGAUUGUCGGCCAGUACGACACAAUAGCGCUAGACGCCAUUAAUAUUCGCCCUCUUCAUACUCACAUUCGCUUUUGAGUCUUUACGUCUUUGAGUCUUGGAUCUUCGAGUCAAAAUGCAGUUCACAACCUUCGCUUUGUCUGCCUUGAGCAUCGGCAGCGCCGUUGCAGCAGCAGCAUCAUCAAUGGCGACUGUCCACGUCGUCCGAGUAGCCUCCGCCAACAACUCCCUCCUGUACUUCCCCAACAACAUCAAGGCCGAGGUGGGCGACAUGGUACAAUUCCAGUUCGCGGCCGGCAACCACACCGUCACACAAUCGACCUUCGACAAUCCCUGUGAACCCAUCGCGAUGAACAGCGCCAACACCACCGGCAUCUACUCGGGCUUCAUGCCCGUGGCCGCCGGCGCCACUACCAGCCCCGUCUACACCAUCAUGAUCAACAACACGACGCCCAUCUGGCUAUACUGCUCGCAAGCCUCCCACUGCCAAAAAGGCAUGACCAUGGUCAUCAACGAGAAUCCCACGGCGAAUGCCACGCGCACUCUGGCGAACUAUCAAGCCCUCGCCUCAAAGGCCACCGUGAACCUCCCCGGCAACGCCGUGGCGGGCGGUACUGAUAGCUCGACCGCGUCUGGCUCCAGCAGCUCCUCGGGUACCUCAGGUAGUACCUCAGGAAGCGCCAGCGGUGCAGAUGGAUCGAGCAGCUCUGGUAGUGCGGGCAGUGCAGGAAGCGCUGGAAGUGCAGCGAGCGAGAGCAGCGCAGCAACGACGCCCACGAGCAGCUCGACACCGGCUAAAUCGACAGCGAUCUCUGCGGCGAUGGCUGUCACUUACAGUGCCUCCCUUCUCUCCGCAACAAAUGAAAAGAAAAGCUUUAUUUUAUAA